UCGAGCAAUCGUCGCCUCUCGUUUUCGCGCGCUUCUCGCAAUUCUCGGUAAAUGGUAAAUGCGCAAAAAAGCCAGCAACAAAAUCAAAUCAAUUCGCGAAUCGCAUGGUGAAUACACGAUCGUUUUAUUAAUAGAAUUCCGCCACAGCCAUAUAAUGCAUAUAUAUUUCGAAAGAAAAUAAAUUAAAUAAAGUGAGACCAUCAAUAAAAUACACACUUAGUUGAUAAGCAGCGUAAAAAACACGUUAAACGUUGAUUUCUGAAAGAAUUUGCCGCGCGCGCGAAUUAGUUUCGAAUAUUGCGUAUACGCAGGGUCCACCAGAAAUAAUACAAAAAUACAAACCUACCACAACAAAAAAGGGGAACACAACACACAGAGCAAAACGGCAUAUCAAAAUAAAAACAAGAAACAUUUCGUAGUAUAUUUUACACCAACGAAGAGAGGAUACCCAUAUAUGGAUUUAUAUAGCACAUUUACAGCAAUCAAGGAUUCGAAGAAAGGAUAGCAGAGCAAUGCCAGCCAGCGGGUUGCAAUCUCCACCAGGUCGACAGGCAAGCGGCAUAUCAGGAUAAACCCAGAGACUUGGACAUCAUGGCUCCUCUAUUUGUCUAGUUGGCAAAUACCAGCGAACCGGGAACCAGGCCACACACACACUUACACACACACACUCUCGGACAAACAAGGACGUUUGUCAUUGUGUGCGUCAAGGACGCCCUCACACACACACACAUUGUUGUGCCAUACAAACAAACCAGUGUCCCAAGCGGGCGUGCCAGCUGGGCGGCCACUGAUUAAAUAUACAUCAGUCAAGCGCAAGGAUCCUAAUUUGCAGCAGUUGUCCCAUGUAAAAGGAGCAGGGACAAACGGACAAGCGGACAAACGGACAAGCGGAUAAACGGACACACGGAUAAGCGAAAAAACAGGAGUCUAAACUUAGAAGCAAGGAAAAUGGCGCGACGCAAGGGCAGCGGUCGAGGCAAAUCUACUGUGAAUUCACGCAAGAGUGCUUUGGAAACUGCGCGUGAAAAACUUAAAGAUGAGCCCGCUGCAAAUACGUCACAGGGUAAUAAAUUCGAUAAUAAUAUGGAAAAUGCAACAACCACAACGGCCAAGCAUUACAAAACCGCAGGCAAACAGUACAAGACCAAUAAAGUGAACAAUACGCGACGUGCCACAGCAGCAGCAGCAGCAGCAGCGGCAGCAGCAGCAGCAACCACAACAGUAACAACAGCAGCAGCAGCAACAUCAACCAAGAAGCAGACAUAUCGGGAAACUGCAACAGCAACCACAGUCACUAAGAGAACAAGCAACAAAGCCAACACAGCAGCAGCAACAGAAGCAACAUUAAACGUUAAAGCAGCAGCAGCAACAGAUGUUGCUGGUGGCAAUAGCAAUACAAACAGCAACAGCAACAGCAAACCCAGUACAAGCUCACGAGAUAAACUAAGCGAGUUGCCGCUGCCCGCUGUUGACAACAACCACCACAUCAUCAGCAACAACAACAACAAUAAUACAAAUAAUAAUAAUAAUAAUAAUAGCAACAACAACAACAACCACCACAGUGAUAAUAGUAUUAGUGAGAAUAAUUAUGAAUUUAAGUGUAGAGAUAAAGCAAGUCUAAGUGAUAGCAAAAUGACGCUACAACAGAUGGCAGCGGUCAGCAGCAACCACCAGGAGCCAGUGGCUCCCAAUGUGGCCAACACGAUGAGCAUUGUCAGCCAGCAGACCACCGUAAAUGCCACCACGCCCACACCCGCCACCACCGAUGAGGCUCCGCUGGGGGAUUGGUCAAAUAUUUCACGCUAUCUGCACAAGAAGUUUAAGCGUUUGGCCAGCACCACCGAAGUGGAGAGCGGGAAUGCGACGAAUGGAGGAGGAGGAGGUGCCCAUCAUCCAAGUGGCGAUCGCACCACAUCGCUGUCCUCAAACAGUUCGCUAUCGCCACCACCACCGAUGGUCACCAAUGGUCACCAAAACCACCAACAUCUGCUGACCCAACAGCAGCAACAUCAACAGCCGCCGCCAGCAGCCACACAUGAAUUCAGUGCCAAUUUUGUAAAUAGCAAUCAUGUCAAUGCCAUUGGUCAUGAGGAGAGUCUCGUUAUCAGCAGCAAUAGUGGCUACAAAGCGGCGGCCCGAACGCGAACGCCACUCAGUAAUAGCAAUACGAACAGUAAUAGCAACUAUGCGGCGAAUGCCACACUCUUACCGGCAACAUUUGCCCAGCAUCAACAGGUGACUCAGCCAACAACGGGAAGUCCGGGCAUAGCCAAUCCCAAUCCGGCAGGAGAAAAAUCCGGACGAUAUGUGUGCACCUACUGCAAUCUGAUCUGUGCCAAGCCCUCGGUGCUGGAGAAGCACAUUCGAGCGCACACCAACGAGCGACCCUAUCCCUGCGACACCUGCGGCAUUGCGUUCAAGACAAAGAGCAAUCUGUACAAGCACUGCCGCUCGAGAUCGCAUGCGGCCAGGGCGCGAGGAUUGGAGGUGCCAGCCGAUGCGGAUGAUGGUUUGUCCGAUCAGGAUGCAGAGCUGAGCAACAGUAGUUCCGAGUUGCCAAGUCGCGCUGGAUCGCCCUACGAUGAGCCCAUGAAUUCGCCAACACCCUCGCCUUCCACUUUGUCGGCGGCCAAGAGUGCCUACAUUCAGCAGCCACCGCUACCGCAGCACAUGCAGCAGUUACCGCUAGGUUCGCCGGCUGCCGGAACAUUGCCACCCACGACGGCGGAUAAUCUGCACUCGGCGACUGCCCAGCAUCGGUCGUCCAUCGAUUACAAGCCAUAUAAACCCAAGUUCCAUAAUGCCGCGCUGUAUGUGCCACCCGGUGGCAGCAAAGAGCAACAGUUGCAGCUUCAGCAGCAGCAGCAGCAGCAGCAACAUCAAAUGGCCCAGCAGAAGCUAUCGAUUCAACUGCCUUUGGUGCAGCAGCCAUCGCUGGCACAUCCCACGCUUUCGCCCAGCACGCAGAUGAAGAUGAAGCACCACAUUAACUCGCAUCAAAUGCAAAUGCAGAUGCAGCAGCAGCAGCAAUCCUUGUUGGCUCAGCAAUCGCUGUUGGCCGCCAUGCCGGUGCCACCCGGUGGGGUUUAUUACCUGGGACAGCCUUACUACAACCAGGAUGCAGCGGCGGCCGCAAUUCAUCAGCAUGCACUGGUCAUUCAGCAGUUUCAACUGCAGCAGAUACACUUGGCACAACAGCAGCAGCAGCAACAACAGCAGCAACAGCAGCAACAGCAGCAACAUUCACCUUUGGUGAAGGCGCCACCUCCAAUGCAACAACCUCCAAGUCUGCCGCCUCAACAGCUGGUGCGAACGAAUAGUCAGGUUUCCAGUGCAGCCACAGCGCCCGCCACUCCCACGCCCCCCGCCAAUCUCAGCAGUUUUGCCAGCUCCAGCGGCGGCAUGCAAGUAAAUGUGGCCAAAGUACAGGAGCACAUUUCCAAGUUGAUCUCUCAGAACGAAGCUAUUGUGGAGAACAAGGAGAUAUUGCUGCAGAAGAAGUAUCCCAAGCAGCUGAGUCGUUCGCGCAGCUUCAACAAUGCCAACAGCAACAAUGCAACGGCGGCAUUGCAUGCAAACAACAGUCACAACAUCAAUGCACAGAUGCCAGAGCGCGAGACCAAAGUGAAUUUGGCACAGGCCAUCGUCCAAAAGCAGCAGCAGCAACAGCAGCAGCAGCAACUUCAGCAGCAGCAACAACAGCAGCAGCAGCAGCUUAUCCAACAGCAGCAGCUGGAGCAGCAGAACUACUAUACGUACAUGCAACAGCAGCAGGAGAACCAACAGCAGCAGCAGCCGCUGGAACCUCCAAAUGGAGUGGUUAAGAGGAAUACCUAUAAGCCUGCUCCAACGAUGACGACUCCCGUGAAGCAGCAACAACAACUGCCACCCCCGCCCUCCCCGCUGCCCAUGCAAACGAUGAUAUAUCGCCAGGAUCCCGCAACACCAGUGGCUAAAAACGAGCAACCGGCGACGGCAGUGCAUGCGAUGCCUUUAAAUCUGUCAGCGAAACCGAAGACAACCUUGGUUACAGUGCCCGUAAGCUCGUUGCCCACCAGUUCUGCGGCACAGACUCCUGCGACUCCAGCGAGCAGCUCCAAAGCGGCACCACCUCCUGCCCAGGUGAACAACUCGAUCAUCAAGAAUCUGUUGCUAAAUGCUCGCGGUUUGGCGGUGCCAAUUGGCGAGGGCGAUGAUGCUGUUUACUCCUGUCCCAUUUGCGCCAACGAAUUCCGCAGUGCGGACGAACUGAAGCUGCACAACAGCACCUACUGCCAGGAUGCGAGCUCCAGUGCGCCCAUGAGUCCGGCCUCUUCGCCCUUCCGCUCCAAUUCGAUCUCAUUAAGUCUGCCGGAGCUAAAGAGCCACAUGGCCAACUCGAAGAAUCCAUUAUCUCUGGCCAAAUUGGCCUUUUCGCAGUUGAAUACAAAGAGGAGUAAUUUGAUAUUGAGUCGCCUGAGUGCAGCACAAACGCCAGCGAGGACUUCUACGGUAACAGCUCCUACUGCAAGUGCUCCGGCCUCUUCUCCAGCUCCAUCAACUGCUCCUGCUCCUGCUCCUCCUCCUCAGAUUGAAGCCCUGCGCUUUGUAGAUGCACCACUGCCAUCCCCCGGCCCCCUUUUGGGUAAAACACCGCUGGUGGACUAUGCCCAGCAGAAUGCACCGCGCAAGUCGCAGGAUUCGGUGGUUAUAACCAAAAUGCACGAGGAUCGGCAGUUUGCAAUGCGUGAUCUUGAAGCUCAGCCCGCCAAGCGAGUGAGGACUAGCGACUCCUCCUCUCAGCAAACGACAAGCUUCAACUUUUCGUUCAACAACCAAAAUAACACUAAUAAUGUACCCGAGUUGCAAGCCACCAAAGAGGAGCGCUUGCGUCGAUUCACCUCCUCGGGCGGCAGCAUGAUUCCGAUUUCGGAGUGCCCCGAUUUGGACAACAGUCCCAAGAUGAUUCGUACGCCUCUCCUCUCCGGCGGAAGCUUUCAGGACGUUUCGAUCAAGGUCAGCGAAUCGGGAUCAACGAGCAAGGAGCGUAAGCUGAUGGCCCUGGUCAGCAGCAGUGGACUGCUGGGCGUUAGUUCAGCUCCGCAGCACUUUCAGUUUCCACCCAUCAACUCGAUAACUGCCUUCAAUCCGCUAACGCUGCCACCAAUGAGCGGUGGGGAUAAGAGCACACCUGUCACACCGAUUCCUCAUGUGCCCGGAAUGCCGGGACCUGGUAGCUUAACGCCACAAAUGCCACUGCUUCCGCCGCCACCGCAACAGCUUCAGUUGCCCAUUCCCUCGGGCCGCGGACGCAGUCCUAACCGGAAGCAACCCAGUCCACUUCUCCUGGGCGGCGCAGCAGCUGGCGAACUAAAGGCUCUAUCGCCAUUCGGUGGAGUUCAAAAUGUGCCCAGCGAAUUCAGCCGCCAACCACCUACGCCUGCCCAACGGCAAGCUCUGCAAUGGAACAGCAAGGAGACGCCGAAGAAGGCGCCUUUUAACUUUCUGCGCAUGGCUGAUAAUGUGAAGACCACGGAAGCCGAAGUGCGUCACUUCAAUCUGGAAAAUGUGAUGAAACAACAGACGGAGUUGCCUCUAACACCACUGCAUGUGGAGACUCCAAAUGGAAGUAACACCGAGGAAACCAAUCCCAGUUCCUCAUCCGCGGCCAAAUCAAAGUUCCUGCGACCCACUAGCUUGCCAUUGAAACCGGGAACCUUUACGCCCAAACGCCAUCACGGCAUUACACCUACGGCCAAUACAUUGCCGCUGAUCUCGCCGGAGACGCCCAGGCCGUCCAAAUCCUGUGUGCAACUGUAUCUCAAUGGACACGCCUACACUUAUUUGGGUCUCAAAUGCAGCACAAAGAUGUUUUACUGUACGGUGAACUGCCCGCAGCCGUCGUAUGUCGCCGGAAUGCACAAACUAUCAAUGUACAGCGUGUGGCAGGUGUGCGAGGAGAACCAACCGCAUCCACUGGGAUUCAAACUGAAGCAGGUGAUGGCUUUGUACGAUUCUCGGCAAAGGAUGCUGGGAAAUGGAAGCUCAGCCGCGAUGGCUGGCUCUGGAAAACUAAGCUACAAUCUCGUGGCUUCGCAGCAAACAAUUUGCUCCACUUCCACGUCGACCAGCAGCAGCAGUGCCUUUUAUCAAGGAGCCAUCAAGGCCGCACCAAUUGUCCAGGUUGGCGCCCUCAGCGAGGCGAAUGUGGCGGCCAAGGCGAACGAGGAGGCGCAGGCCAAGAAGCUGGAGACAAGUCCCUCUGGACAGCCCCUGGUGGGUGGCUACGAGUCUCACGAGGAUUACACGUAUAUCCGCGGACGAGGAAGGGGUAGAUACGUUUGCUCCGAAUGCGGCAUUCGGUGCAAGAAGCCCUCGAUGCUUAAGAAGCAUAUUCGCACCCACACGGAUGUGAGGCCAUUCACCUGCAGCCACUGCAAUUUCAGCUUCAAAACCAAGGGCAAUCUGACCAAGCACAUGCAAUCAAAGACCCACUUCAAAAAGUGCAUCGAAUUGGGCAUCAAUCCGGGACCAAUGCCCCCUGAUAGCGAGUUCCUGGACGUGGACAUGGACUUUGAUCAGCAAUCAUCCACUUCAGCGGGCGGUCGCACGUCUUCCAUGGCUGGAGAAUCUGAUUCCGAUGACUAUAGUGACAAUGAAUCGGAAAGUAGUGACACGGAUGAAUCCAAGUCCCGAUUGAAAGAGCACGAGGCAGCGAGAGGCCUGCUAUCGCUAUCGAUGACGCCGCCCAUUCCGCCGAGCGUGUCGCCCUAUCCACAGCUGCACGAUACACCUCUGCCGGCAGCAAGUCCUGCCAACAGUAUUGGCUCUUCGGGUUCGCAGCCCAAGAGAUUGGUCUGCUCGUUUACAUCGCCCAAACCACCGUUCGAUUACCAAAAGCAGGAACAGUAUUACUCGAAUCCCGAGGAGUCCAAGCCUAAACGCAGUGGCGCCAGUGAGGAGAGUGCCCCCAUGGAUCUAACCAAACCACGCGGAUCCAUGUCCGCCAUCUCUCCGUCGCCAAUUCCUCCGCCCGGCCAGGAUCUACCCAAAUCGCAGGCCCAGCAGAUGCACGAUGUGAUCUUCGGCGUCUCCGGCAACGAAAGUGGCUUCAUGAAGACUUUAAUUUCGGUGUCGGACAAGGUGCGCAUAUCCGCCGAAAUGGAGGAGCAGGCCAAGCACGAGGCGGAGGGUGAGGAUGUUCAGCUGCAGACCUACAUCAAGGAGCAUGCUCUGCACCAGGCCAAGAUAAAGCAGAGUCAGUUCAGCCGCAGCUAUCUAAUCAACACUUUGUACUCGGCGGCGUCUCCUGUAAUGAGUAGCAGCAGUAGCACUCUAUUAACCACUAAUAGUCGGCCCGUCAUGAGCAUUAGUGAGGUUCCUAGCAUCGAAGUCCACGAAGUGAAGACUCCCGAAGCCGUUGAGCUGCCAACUAUUUCUGCUCCAGUUAUACCAACGCCAAUUCCAGCAAAGAUUGCCCAGGAAGUAGAAGAGGAGAGCGAAACACUUCCUGAACAGGAGAAGCCCAAGGUUGUGGAACCGCAUAAUGCCAAUCUGCCCGCUGCAGUGCAGCAACCGGAUGCCAAUGAUUUCAGUGGAGUACUUGGUAAUCCGCCAGCAGCACCAACGACAACAUCAUCUGUUCCCGCUGCAGUAACCACAUCAACCGCUACCUCUGUGGCAUCUUCACCCAGCUCAGCUCAGCCCACCCAGCGCACCGUGAUUGUGGGCGAAGAUGGCUUCAAGAACUCCACGCCUAGCAGCAAGAGCAGCGAUAUUCAGCAUGUAUCCUACGGCAGGGGAGUGCCACCGGCUCCGAUUGCAGGCGAUGCCCGUCCCACCUGCACCAUUUGCGCCAAGACGUUCCAGCGGCAACAUCAACUCACCCUGCACAUGAACAUUCACUACAUGGAGCGCAAAUUCAAGUGCGAGCCAUGCAGCAUAUCCUUCCGCACGCAGGGACAUCUGCAGAAGCACGAGCGAUCGGAGGCGCACAAGAACAAGGUUAUGAUGACAUCGACAUUCGGGGUUCCCACAACCUCCAAUCCACGCCCCUUCGAGUGCACCGACUGCAAGAUCGCCUUUCGCAUCCACGGGCAUUUGGCCAAGCAUUUGCGCUCCAAGACGCACGUGCAGAAGCUGGAAUGCCUGCAGAAGCUGCCAUUUGGAACCUAUGCCGAAAUCGAACGUGCCGGGAUUAGUCUCACUGAAAUCGAUACAAGCGACUGCGAAAAUUCGCUAAUAUCAUUAAAGCUGCUGGCCCAGAAGCUGCUGGAGAAGGAUCCAAGCAAACUGAGCAGUUAUACCACACCCUCGGGAAUGAUGCAGCUGGCCCAGGAUACCACAGGUCCUGUCUCGCAGGAUAGUGCUUCAGAGGAUGGCUUUAGUGCUGCCAUUGCUUCGGCCAUAGCUUCGCUGGACAACGACAGUGCUGGCAACACACCGAAGCGUGCCAGCUCCAUGUCCGAGGAUGAAACGGUGGCCAAUGGCUUGAACCACAGCCUGAAGCGUCGUUUGCCUGGCAGUUUUAGCAGCACCGGCGAGGAGAGCGACAAUCCUGCGGAGAGCAGUGGCGAGAAGAGGGCUCGUUCUGGCCAGGAGCUGCCUGUUCCCGUCGCCGUUCCCGUGGCUGCUUCGGCAGCGGCCAGCAACUGACAGUACAUGUACAUGCUGCAGCCCAGCUGA